GGGGAGAGAAGGGUGAAUAUAGGGUGUUAUAAAUGUGAGAAAAGGAGAAACGCUGUAAGGAGCAGGGGAGCAGAGAGAUCAGUAGAAGGCUCAGGAGUGAGGCUGUAGUUUGGGAAAAGAAAAGUGUCUGGAGGUUACUCUCCUUGCUGAGAGCUCAGGGAGGGAGAGAGUGGUACAGGGUGACAAGGGAGAGAUUACUUGGCAAGGGGUGGGAGAAGAGAGAGGAGGGAUAGAGAGGAGGGAAGGUGGGAGGGGGUGAUUGGAGAGAAAGGAUUUGCCAUAACAGGGAAGGCUGCCUGCCCCUAUGGAGGAAUAAGAAGGAUUUGGGGUGAAGAGAAGCAGAAAGGAGGGACACACAAUAGGAUCGCUGCUAGGGAGAUCGGAAGCCAAAGGGAGGAUGUAUUUGGCCUUUGGGAUUAUACAAGGGGCUGGGCUGCUCUUCAUCAUCACACAAUCUGCUCUGGCUGAAAGGUGGAGAAGUGAGUUUGAAGAUGAGCGACCGGUUGAUCUGGAAAGCUCUGGGGAUGAUGACUUGUUUGAAGAUGAGGACAUGGAUGAUGUAUACUCUGGUUCAGGAUCAGGCAAUUUUGAACUGGAAUCGGGCUUGGAUUUGGGGUUCAGGUUUACAACAAAGACUCCCAUUUCUCCUCCAACAGUAACAGCAUUAAAACCUGCUCCCACUGACGAUUUUCUCCCUCCAGUACAAAGCACCUGGGUCCCUCCAACAACCCAGGCCUCUGUAGUACACCGGCACAAUCCAUGGGUUCCACCAGAAGCUCCAGAUACACCGUCUUUGCCAGCUGCCCCCACACCCACCAUUCCUUCCAAACAAGCAGCAACUACGGAAGCUACUGCUACUGAAACAGUGAGGACAACUGAGGUACGUAGGUUGCAGCCUGUUGUGGUGGUUUCCACAGAGAUAAUGGCCACACCAAGCUCAACUGAUAAAGACAUGUUUACGUGGGAGGCUACUGAUGAACAGGAGGUGACAAGUUUUAACACAGAAAGUGGCAGGGUCUGGCCUACAGAAGACUGGAGGACAAGUGUAGAGGACAUCAAGGUGGAAGAAACAGAAAAAGUGUCCCCAACACUGCAACCUCAGACUGAAAGUUGGGAGGUCACAGCUGUUACUUCACGUGAUAGCGACUUUGAAAUUCCAAUCAGUGGUGGACCAAGUGGUGACUUUGAGAUCCAAGAGGAAGAUGUUGUACCCCAGACAGAGCCCCCAACAUUACCAGACUUGGGCAAUGAGGUCUUGCUUCCUGCAACAGCACCACCUGACCUUGCCCGAGGAAGGAAGCCUGAUACUGGCCUAAUAGAUAACACAAUAGAUUCUGGAAACACUUUGGCACAAAUGCCUCAGAAAAAUAUUCUAGAGAGAAGAGAGGUAUUAAUAGCGGUGAUAGUUGGGGGUGUGGUUGGAGCUCUGUUUGCCGCCUUCCUGGUGAUGCUGCUGAUUUAUCGGAUGAAAAAGAAAGAUGAAGGAAGUUACGCUCUGGAGGAACCCAAACCAGCCAGUGUCUCUUACCAGAAACCAGAAACUCAUGAGGAAUUUUACGCAUAGUAGUUGAGAAUAGGCCUCCUAUCUUCUCAAAUGCUAAUUGUUUAUGAGCCUGCGGCUGAACUAUUUGUAAUUAUUUUAAUUUUUUUCCUCACACUUUCCAGGGAUUUCUUAAUAGCCCUGGAUGUUGGCUCAUUUUUUAACAGCUAUUCUGGAAAGAUCAGAAUACCCCAGAAUUCCUUUCAAGUACACUCUGAUUGGAUAGAGGAAUAUUUCAUCCCUUUGCUCAACUUUCCAACCAGGUUUAAAAUAUGGUUGUCGAUGUGAGCAGUUUGUCAAACUCACUUCCAGCCUGACUGCUCUUUAACACUUUGCAACCAAUGCAGAGAAAAAUUGGGACGUACAAAAGCACAAGAAAUUUACAACAUAUUCGCCAACAACGCAGUAUUGCUUUGAAAGCUAAAAUAUGAAACAUGAGCUACAAGUGAGAAAGGGAAAAAGACUGCACCCCACUGAAAACUGUCUCCUUUUUUUAAAAAAAAAUUAGAAGAACUGAUGCCAGAUUAACAUUAAAAGGAAAUUGUUGGACAGUUACAUAAAAAAAACGAUUUAAGUCUUUAACCGUUCAUAUAUAGAUUGUUUUCCAGCCACAGGCUCCAGACUCAAUCUGUAAAUAGGAUCUUGUGUAAAAUAAUUAAACAAUAAGGGGACUGUAUUAGUAUGAAGGGCAGGUUAUUUUAUUUUUUAUUUAACAUUUAAACAUCUCAAGGUGAAAUAUGAUUAAUAUUGAGAAAGUGAAAUAGGAUAUUGCCUCUUUUACCAUAAUAGGGGCCUUCAAUGGAGACAAGGGUCCACUGGGAUUCACUGACUUGUAGUGCCAUAAUAUGAACUUCUGUUUUACUCCUUCACUUCUAGUUCUACUCACAUAGAUUGGUGAGUAAAAGAGGAUAUGUAUAAUGGCAAUUUUUUUCUCCCAGACAUGUUGUUUUUGGAUGGCUGGUUCUUAAUGGCCGCUUUUUAGCAAUGCACUUACCGCUGCUAUUAUACACAGUCAGGGUGAGACAGAGGGGUUUACCCAGAAAUUGAUAUGUAAAAAAGUAAUAUAAAUACAGAGUACCUUAAGCUUUCAGAAAUGCAUGUAUAUAUAAAUGUAAUAGUAUAUUAAGAACCCCUUUUAUUGUCAAUUUUAAAUAUGGAUAAGUCCCUAGAAUUGCUUAAAAUGACAAAGAGGGAGAUAUUUGGAAAUAGUAGUUUAAUAUAAUACUGACACUUCUAAAUUAAUGGCUGAAAUGCCCAUAAAAUAAUCUCUUGACUGUGCAAAAAACCCUGUUUUUAAGCUCACACAGUCCUAUUACUUUUUCUUAUAUCUCUGUUUUCCCUUGUGUCAUAGUUAGCACUUCCCUUUGUGCAUUGCUUCUGGCUGAUGCUGAGCCCAGAAAGAAAGGAUUAACCGCAGAUCUGAACAUAGUAAAGGUGGCGCUACUCUGCCCAAGUCAUUAGUAUCAGACUUAUGGACCUGCAAACUGAAUAGAAGGAUAAAGUGAAAGUGACCAUUUACGGUAUGGCCACAUUUGUAUUGUUCUGUUCCUUCAGGCAGUCAGGAGUUGUGUCUCCACUUCCUUAUAUAAUUAGACACAAUACACUUGAAGAUAUGGUACAUCAGCAGAUGGAAUUUUCUUACAUGUCUGACUGAUAUCAGUAGCACAAGGGUAUCGCUGGGGAUGCUACAAGAGGCACACACUGAAAAUCUUUAAAGAAUUUUAUCAGUACAGGUAUGGUCAGCAGGGGCAGUAUACACCUUUACUCAAAAAUAGCACAAUUAAUGAGACUUGUGUUACAAUGUGAUCUGCCAAUUAUUUUAUAAAGCACUAAUGAGAAACUGUUAUGUUUUUCCUGAACAAAUUCCCCCCUCUCCAUUUUAUAAACUGAUAGAAAAAUGAGAAAAUGAGCUCUGUAUAAACAACUCCCUCUUUUUUCUAAGCUGUAACCUUUAUAAUAAGGAGCAGCUCAUUAUACAAAGGGCUUAUCUGUGAGCUGGUAAUUUGUCUUAUCAGCUUCUCUUUUACAAACAGUGACUCCACAGAACAGAAAACUAGAAAGUAAAAAUGUUUUUUUUUUCUUGUUUAGUGCAAAAAAACUCCAAAAUACUUAGUAAUUAUAACAAUAUGCUAAAAGUAUGUUCAGCACAAGCCAGAUUCAUUGUGCCAAAGGGUGUUUACUGCCCCUUUAAUGCUACAUAUUUGCUAAUGCUGAGCACUGCAGAAAAACUCCAUUCCUGACACUCAGAAGAACAAGCCUUCCUGUAAACAUGUCCAGCCUGUGUGAAACUAAAUAAACAUUAUCUGAAAUAUAAAGAUUUCACCUCAGGAAUUCAGUCCUGUCAUUAGUUUGGAAAUAUGAGUAAAUUAUUACUUUUGAGUUCCACUUGUAAGGGUAUCACAAGAGAAAUGAUAAGUAGAAAAUAGUAACCUGAAUAUUCUGUACUGUGUAAAACUGAAGUAUGAUUUUAAAAUUCCUAAUUGAAUUGUUCACCCAAGAGAAAUUCAGUAAUAGAAUGUUUGCAUUGCUUCUUUUCCACUUUUGAUGUUUAGGGCCUGGAUGGGACACGCCAACAAGAGUCCUUUGCUUUCACAAAAGAUUUUUUUAAAGAUGCAAUAGAUCAGUGCUGUCCAAUGGUGCUGCUUUCAUUAGUGGGCCAAAUCACAUUGGUUAGCUUCCAUAUAAAAUAAUGCUCAUAUAUAUAUAAAAUAAAGCUAUAAAAGAUAACUUGGAAGGACCCAUCCUUUCUUUGGACCUUCGAAAAAACAGCCCUGGUAUUACCAGUUCUGAUUGGCUUCUAUCAGUUCCUGGGAUCCCUGUAAUUUUUGCUGCCAGAUCCUGCCUGCAAUUGCAACAUUGGUUCAUUUCUAACCGAAUAUCAGUUCUAUGUCAUAAUUUGUAGGGAAGGGGAUGGGUAAUUGGGUUAUACUGUAAUGGAGCAUUUUUGUAUGUAUGUAAUUCACUAGGAUUUUAGAAUUUCAGGAAAUAUGCCUCUUAAAGUCUGUGCUGAAUGUUUUUUUUGAUUCUUAUAAUGCAGACUUUAAAGCCAAAAGCUAUAGCAAAAUGUGAAAAAAGUAAAAAAACAACAAAAAAUAUCUAAUAAUUCACAUUAAAAAUAAAACUGUAUCGAUUGUAUCUUUGCCAAUGAUUCUUACACAAUGUUGCAGUAAUGUAUCUUCCUAAUUUUAUAAUUAUUUCUGUGCUGUACCCAUUAAGGACAAUUAAAAGAAAUAAACUAUCUGAAAUUCGUU